AGCCAGAGCAUGGUCAAUAUGCGAUCUACCUACUUUGUAUCACCACGAAACUGAAGGCUUUACCGGGGAAAACAUGCUACAAGCUAACCACUUCGAUUACUCAGAUGGGCAUCUUUGUUUGAGCUUCUGCCGUCCUCAUAUCCGGUUGAAUCCUUAAAGACCAGUCCCGACAGGAAAGUGGAUAGAAAUAUUCACCACUUGACCCAGAACUUGAAGCUUCACGUUCUCUUCGCUCUCCUUAUCGCCCUGAAAAAUGCCUACAGCUGAUGAACCUCACAUUAUUGUUGACAAUACAAUGGGCGCAGCCUUUAUUGGCGUCAUCUGUGCUGCAAGUCUGUAUGGAGUAUCUUGCGUCCAAACAUGGUUCUACUUCAGCCGUUACCCCGGGGACUUAUGGUAUAUCAAGUGUCUGGUUGCAAUUGUGUGGGUUUUCGACAGCAUCCACCAAGCCUUGAUAUCACAUACAGUGUAUUUUUAUGUGGUAACGAACUUCAGUAAUCCCACAGAGCAAGCGAAAUUGGUCUGGAGUAUACUACUCGAGGUUUUGUUCAACGGUUUAAUCGGAUUUCUGGUUCAAAGUUUCUUGACUAUGCGCGUAUGGAAGAUGAGCAAUCAAAAUAAACCUCUCACAUUGCUCAUUGUAUUGUUCGUGUUGGGAGAACUCGGAUGCUCCGUCGCCUUCACCAUUUCUUCACUGAAACUUGUUACCUGGAAGGACUUGACAAACCUCAAGAGUCUUUCAAUGACAGUUAAUGUCCUUGGUGCUGUCUCCGACGUGAUUAUUGCAGCGGGUCUAUUUUACUUCCUUCAUCGUUCCAGGACAGGAUUCAAAAAAUCGGAUACAAUGAUAAGCAAACUGAUCAUGUUUACCGUGAGCACCGGUCUGCUGACUAGUGUUUGCGCUGUGGCUUCACUGCUGUCUAUCUUAAUUUGGGGUAAAACCUUGAUAUAUGUCGCCUUCUAUUUCAGUCUGGGAAGAUUGUAUUCAAACUCCUUGUUGGCUACGCUCAACGCCCGUAAGGGCAUCAGGCGAGUGUUUUGUAUCUCGACACCUGGACGUGUUAGAUUGAUGUUUUUGCCUGCUGUUAAAAGAGGUCUAAAUGUCGAAGAGGGUGACAACGUCUCUGUCUCCUUGCAGACGUUUUCCAACAAACUUCGACUCCGACCUAUGAGGAACAUGACGAUGGCGCCUAAUCAAACGAAUAUCUCUAUCAAAGUUGAUACUACUCAAGAACUAGUCCGGGACAAAGCGACAAAGGAAAAAGAUUUUGAGUUUGACAUCACUGACGUUGGAAAAUCGGAAGACACACAAUCUGAGGUUGUAUGACAGUACAACGUCGAUAUCAAAUAUACUACAAAAUUCCAAUCUUGACUCUCCUUCCGCGUUGUACAUACACGUUGUAGAAUAUCUGGGCUCAAGAGUAUCUUUGAUUGUGCCCGUAUGUUUAUCAUUUACGGUGUAGAACAUUUAUGUGCACCUGUACCAUGCUUCUCCUCAAAGACAUCAGGAAAGUGGAUAUUCAUUUGUUACUGGGCA